AGCAGCAGUACCAAACAACUUAAAAUGUAUAGUUUUGAUAUAUAUUCUCAUUAUGACAUACCUAUAAAGUUAUAACGAAAAAAAUAUACUGUGAAUAUUCGCAAUGAACAAUUGCAAGUUCUUCAGGUUGGUGCAGGUGGUUGUACAUUCGUACAUAUAAAUAAACACAAUGUGGUAAUUGAAAUUGCUGGAGAAAAUUCAAAUACUUGUUUAUUUUCUUGAUUAUUAUAGUUUAUCACAAUGGAACACAUAUAUCAAUCAUAUACAGCAAACGCGUCUUCAAAAUUAAAUAUCGCUGAGUAUUUUAAUCAGUUCGAAGGGGCCAAUGAACAAUUACGUACAAAGAUACCUAUGAACAAAGCACAAUUGACUGAAUUACACGAGAGUAUCAGUACUGAUAAGCUGGAUGUAGAUGAAGAGUCAGCGGUCACUGGUCAUCGACGAGUGAUACCAAAGCUCGAAGCUAAAAAAAUAGUCAACGACACAAAUUUACAGACAUUAAAACUGUUGAAAGACAAGUAUAUGGAAUAUUUGCCAAAAAUAUUCAGACCAUCGUUAAAGUAUCAAAGUGAAUUGAUUGUUAGAUAUAAUGAACCGAUAAUGAGCGGUCCUGGUGCAGUACCUGGAAAAAAUAUGAUUAUAUUUAUAAGAGUAUACAAUCCAUUUGAUUAUCAUAGGAAAGAAUAUCCUGUAAGACAUCAACGGAUAUCAUUAAUGCACUUAAUAGGAGUACUGGACUGUCAAACGUUAGCUGAUUUGCGUGAUGAAAUUCACUGUAUAUCAGAUUUAUCUCUCUCGAGAGAAAGUAGUGAUAAUCCUCAAGAGUACACUGAAGUCUCCAACAAAGAAUUGUAUAAGUCGUCAUUUUUUUAUAUUGAAAAUACUUUUUACAAUGACACAAGGGAUCCAACAAACCAUGACAACAGUUUACCGAUACGCGAGUGGGCUGAAAAACGCAACUUGGGUCCAUUUAAUGUAGCCAAAAUGGAAGACACCACAUUAGGUUCACUAGUCGUCAAAUUUGGAUACCCUUGGGUCUACCAGCAUCAAGGAAACUGCGAGCAUCUGAUUGUUUUUAGCGACGCCAGGUUUGUAGCUCGUGAUGAUGAUUUGGCAAUCGCUAAUUACCCAAGAAUUUAUCGUGCAAAACCAAGCAAACAGCCUUCAUGUAUGAUUUGCGAGCGAAUUGUCCAGUGGGUAACAUUUGACAGUGACCGAGUACCUCAUGAUUCCUUUUUCUUUUGUGAUAAAUGUUUUUUGUCUUUUAAUUACAAGGAUAAUAAAAAAAUCGGCAACUUUAAAGCUUACCGCUGGCCAUAUGACCCUGAACUGAUGAAAAUGAUUAACAACUUCAAAUCAGAGUAGUAAUAAUAGAUAAAUAAUAGAUAAAUAAAUUAUUUUAUAAUUA